CCCGACUGCUUCCUGGGAAGACAGUCGGCAAAUAAACCCUAAAAACCCAUUAGGGAUUUUGUAAGAGAGUGUGAUCUUGUCUGGUAGUGAACUGCAGAGGUCUGGGAAUGGCGGAUUCCGACAAGGACUCGGGAGGAGGGAGCAACAACGGGAACCGACAGUCGCCGAGGGAGCAAGACAGGUUCCUGCCGAUCGCGAACGUGAGCAGGAUCAUGAAGAAGGCGUUGCCGGCGAACGCGAAGAUAUCAAAGGAGGCGAAGGAGACGAUGCAGGAGUGCGUGUCGGAGUUCAUAAGCUUCGUGACGGGAGAGGCGUCGGACAAGUGUCAGAAGGAGAAGAGGAAGACCAUAAACGGAGACGAUCUGCUGUGGGCCAUGACCACGCUUGGCUUCGAGGAUUAUGUCGACCCUUUGAAAGUUUAUUUGCAGAGGUUCAGGGAGAUGGAAGGUGAGAGGACUGGCCUUUCCCGGCCCUACUCUGCCGCCGGCGACGACGCUCCCCUCGCCGAUACUCCCAAUUCUGGCGUGGGGUUCUAUGAUGGUGGUGGCAAUAUGCAUCAUCAUCGUCAUCAUCAUCAUCAUCAUCAUCAACCCCAUAACAUGUACCGCGGCGAAGGCGGACCAAGCAAUUAAUUACGACGGUUUCCCAUCUCUAUUGUAUAUAAUUAAUAUAAAAAAUAUACACAUACACAUGUUUUUUUUUUUACCGAUCCCCUAUGCAAUUCCCCUUUUCACUUUUUUUUGUGCAGAAAAUAAUCGGUGAAUUUGGAAUAUAGAUCUCUCUCGAGAUUUGUUUAA